UAUUUCCAAUUCAUUACAUGUCUUGGUCAUGCACAUUUGUUAAUAUUCUUACUUUGUUUCAACUCAGAUGAAAUGAUGAAUUGUUUUACUUGAUCUAUGAAAUUUAUUUCAGAACCAUAUUGCAAUUGGAAGGAGUGUCGGCACGCUAGAAAACAUUCUUGGAACUACAUUACAUAAACAAGAAAUGGAAGCUGCCUACUUGAAUUUUGAAGCACUUUGUGACCACGAGUAUGAAUUUAAUUGCAUACUCUGCGGAUACUUUCCAAAAGUUGUCAUAUGGGACACUUUUCGAAAGGCGUCAUUUAGAUAUGCAGUUUCUGAUCUAAAAAUUCCUACCGAAGAUAUUAGUGAAGUUGUAGAUGCAAGAGCAUUUUGGAAUGACAUUGAAAACAGAAUCGUGGCAGAAGGGCAGAGUAAAGCUAACAGACUAGUGGAUUUAUCCCCUGCCUUCGAAAACUGGGCACCAUGGAUAGGAGAAAAAUCACGAAGAGGAAACUUACUUUAUAACACCGAGUUCAAAAAAUGCUCCAAAUCAAAUGAUGAUGAGAUUUCGGAACCAAUGCCAGAGGAGCUACUGAAUCAUUUAAUGAGUGAUGAAAAAAUCACAAAUAUACGGAAAAUAUGCAGAGAAAUUGGAAUUUCAUCCAAUGGUUCAAAAAUGGACAUGAUUCUGCGGAUAAGAGAGAAAUCCAUAUCACGUGGUGCAUUUGACAAGGCAUACGAGAAAGUUUUUGGAAGUACAGGUACGGCAAGUGGCUGGGCUGUUGGAUGUUGUGGACAUGGGGUAGUGUAUGCAAUAAAAUGUCUUUUAAGAUCCGAAAGUCCUAGAGAUUAUGUAGACCUCGAACAAUCAUUAAAACAUAUACCAAAUAUAACCAUUUGUGACAUCGCCCACCUAGUAGCAAAACAUGGAAAUAAAAGAUAUAAAGACAUGUUUAAACCAAAUGAGGGAAGACUUGCUCCAGCGACAGAGGAAAUCAUUGAUCUGGCAGAAAGUGGAAGGUUACAUUUAGCAACUACUUUUCUAGCAAACCAGCCCCAUGACACAGUUGCUCAAAUGGACCAUGAAUUCAAUCCAACAACUAAUUCCGACGUCCAUUUUGCCCUUUUUGAUUGGUUUCAUGAGGGAAAUUGUAAGCAAAGAGAAGAAAUCUUGAGGAAAUCAUCACUACUGAAAGAGGUUGCUGGAGUUAUUGACACACAAGCUGUUGAACAGUUGUUCAAUGCAUCCAAGAGAGACGUAUAUUUCCUUAAUAAUAUGUCAGCUCUGCGUCAUUUAUUUCUUUUUCGGCUUAUUUAUCAUCUGCGUAACAACAAACUGAACAAAGAACUGAAGCGAAAAUUAGACGAAGAGUUCCAUGGAAAUCUUAUUUUUAACAAUUUGGGACAAGUACGACAGAUAUAUUUGAACAGUGAUACAAAGAAAAAAGGAAUAAAUAUAACAGCAGAUCCACAAGAGAGCACACAUGACGCUACACUUUUACAAAACGUAAUCAACUCUUCACCUAUUCCAAAAGUAUACGUUGCGCAGAAAAUUUCCCCUAUUACCUCGAAACCAAUCACUGCAAAAGCAAGUACGAAAUCAUUAUCAGAAAUGCAGCCUCGUGAAAAUCACUUACAGGAAAUGAUGACACUACAAGAAGACGUUAGGAUAGAAAUUCCACAAAUGAAACUAAUAUAUGAUCUUGCAUCCGCAAUCAUCUCUUCUGAGUCCUCCAUGUCAUCCGAGGAAUCUGAUGCUUUUUUGUAUAACCUUCGUUAUGCAAAUUCCGUUCUUUAUCGACAGGCAAAUAAUCAAAGACAGAUGGAAAUAAAAACCCAUAUGUCUCCGUUUGGUAUGAUUCAGUCCCAGGGUACAUCGAACUACUGUGGACUAUGUGCAAUUAACAACAUUAUGGGCCCUGAUGAAAAUGGAAGUUUUCCGGUUUCAGUUCAUGAGAUGGACAAUACUGCUGAUUUGAUGUGGAUAAAUAUGAUCGACAAUCCAGCAUUAGGUAUUUUAGAGCGAGCGGAACCUUUACGUGACCGAGAAGGUUUCUACAGUCACGAGGUUAUCUCUGCAACACUAGAAGCAAGAGGAAUAUCUCUGGCAAGAAUAAGUGCAGACGCUUUGGUAGAUUUACCACCUACAGAAGUACAUUUAUUAUUGCUACAUCAAGCAAAAGCUGAAGCAUGCGAUUUACUGGUACGUUUGAAAAAUUCGGCACACUGGUUGGCAAUUCGUGUGAUGAGAGACAGGAUCCUUAUCAUGGACUCUAGAAAAACACAGCCAUAUCCGUUAUCUAUUGAAGAUGCAGCACAUUUCAUAAAAGGCCAUUCUCGUCAUCCUGGUGCUGUAGACAUUGUCGUGAAAUCAAAAACUAUAGCAACAGAUCAAAACCUGUCUGAAUUGAAAUACGAACACAUUGAAAGAAUUUCAGCCUGUCCUAGAGAUGAUAAAAUUGAAGAGUUUGAACACGAAAUGUACACAGAUGAACCAAUCAGAAGCCAGCAUGACGACCACAUAUUACCGAAAGCGGAGUCGUAUAGUUAUGAGCUACGACCACGUAUGUACAAGGCAUCAAGUGUUAAAUCAAAGAAGAAAUGUUGCAGUAUUAAUAUUGAUAAAACAUUAGAGCCAAAUAAAGAAAGCUUAGAUAACGACGACACAAGUAGCAUUGAUACAUUUAUAGUUGAAGAUUGCGAUCGUAAGAAAAAAGAACGCAGCGAAAACAGUGAAAACAGUGGAGAUGACGAUGAAAAUGAUGAGGGUAAUCUUUGA